UUUUCUUAUUAAUUUCCUUUCUCUUCUUCAUUCACCUGAAGAAAAAAACUUAAAAAAGACCGAGAGAAAGAACAAAAGCAGCAACAUUUCUUUAAUCGAUUUAACCUCUUCGUCUUUCUCUCUCUCUCGGACAUUGAUCGGAUCGGAUCUACUAUAACCCGUCAAAGAAAAAGAAAAGAUUUCCGAUCAACGUCAAAAAGCUGGGUUUUUCACUUCACUCUUCCUCUAGUGGGAGAUAAGUUUCUUCAAACGAACGACUGAUUUGCCUAUGAUCAGGAAUUGCGUCGAACACCUUCAAUGGAUUCCUCAAUCGAUAGCGUUGGUUCGUCGUCCAGAACAAGAAACACUCCAGCUAAAUCCAAAUGUUCCGUUGCAUCGUUUUCGAUCGAUUCCAGAAACGGAGGAGGCACCAAGAAAUCGGAACCGCCAUUGAAGACGUCGUCAAUACAAGAAACUUCCCCUGAAGUUUUAGAAAGUUAUGAAUCCUCUGUUUCAGCUGAACCUCAAACACCAAUCUCGAUUAUACGGAUGAAGAAACAAUCGGAGCCGAGGUUUUACCCUAGCCCAACGAACACGUUCUACACAGCACCACUCUACACAGAAGCCAAACAAAGCUUCACGAACACAGAACUCAGCGAGUGCGCAAGCACAAUCGGCGUAGGCGGAAUCGAUCUAGAGAAGAUGGGUAUAUUGACAUACAGAGGAAGCACGGGGAGUGAUGUAAGCGACGAGAGCAGCUCGAGCGGUUUGAGCAACGCAGGUUACAAGCCGCACAGGGCUAAUAACGACAAGCGUUGGGUCGCGAUUCAGGAGGUUCGAUCUCGGGUCGGGUCGUCUCUGGAGGCUAAAGAUUUCAAGCUGAUGAGACGGCUAGGAGGAGGUGACAUCGGGACUGUUUACUUAGCGGAGCUUAUCGGAACAGGAGCGAGUUUCGCCGUGAAAGUUAUGGAGAAAGCAGCGAUUGCAGCGAGGAAGAAGCUUGUUAGGGCUCAAACGGAGAGAGAGAUACUCCAAUCGCUAGACCAUCCUUUCUUGCCUACACUCUACUCGCAUUUCGAAACAGAGAAUCAUUCCUGUCUUGUUAUGGAGUUUUGUCCCGGUGGUGAUUUGCAUUCUCUCCGGCAAAGACAGCCCGGAAAAUACUUCCCUGAGCACGCUGCUAGAUUUUACGUUGCUGAAGUUCUUCUAGCUAUGGAGUAUCUACACAUGCUUGGGAUCAUAUACAGAGACCUCAAGCCUGAGAAUGUUUUAGUCCGUGAAGAUGGACACAUAAUGCUAUCAGAUUUUGACCUUUCCCUGAGAUGUGCGGUUUCUCCAACGCUAGUCCGAUUCGCAGCAACCACGGCGCUCGAGUCCAAAAGCUCAAGCUACUGCAUCCAGCCGGCUUGCGUAGACCAACCGAGCUGCGUUAUUCAGCCAGAUUGCAUCCAGCCAGUGUGUUUCACUCCUCGGUUCAUGUCUAGAAGCAAGAACAAGAAGAGACCGAACGACACGACACGCCAAGUCAGACCACUCCCGGAGCUGAUCGCUGAGCCAACUGGCGCACGGUCCAUGUCGUUUGUCGGGACACACGAGUACUUAGCGCCGGAGAUAAUCAAAGGAGAAGGGCAUGGAAGCGCGGUUGAUUGGUGGACUUUCGGGAUUUUCCUUUACGAGCUUCUGUUUGGAAGAACUCCUUUCAAAGGAGAUGUAAACAGAACGACGCUGUUCAAUGUAGUUGGCCAGCCUUUGAGGUUUCCUGAGCACCCGAGUGUGAGCUUUGCGGCUAGAGACUUGAUCAGAGGAUUGCUGGUGAAAGAGCCUCAGCAUCGGUUGGCUUAUAGAAGAGGAGCCACUGAGAUUAAGCAGCAUCCGUUUUUCCAGAGCGUGAACUGGGCUUUGAUCAGAUGCACCAGCCCACCUCAGAUUCCACAGCCGGUGAAAGUCAUGGAUCAAGCUAAUAGUCUUCGUCAUGGUCAUAGUCAAGGAGGUGGUCAUGGUGGUCAUGAUAAGCCGCCUACUGUGGAUGUGAAGCCUUCUGGUAAUUAUUUGGAAAUUGAUUUCUUCUGAUUUGUUCUCCAUUUUUGGUUGCUACUUAUUCGCUUGAUCUCACAGCGUAUUAGUCAAUUGUAUGAUGUUUUUUUUUCUUUGGGGUUUGUCUAGAUUCUGUGCUCUGAUGUGUCUUACCAAAUGAUUUGACUGUCGUUGUUCUUCACAUUAUGGUGAGGUUGUACCUAGUCUUCCAUUACAUAUAUUCAAAAACAAGCUUCUUUUAAAGCAACUAUGGAAAUGUAAAUUUAACCAUCAAUGGUCUUUG